AUGUGCCAGCAGAGUACCGGUCAAGCUUUGCUCAGUUCAGUUUUUUCCGGGGGUAAUAACGAGCCUCGGACGUGGCGCCUCAAGCUGUUCCCGAGGGGAUCAGACGGAGAUUACGAGCAGUUCGUGUCCAUUUUUCUCGUCUCCUGCAACAGGAGGCGCGUCUCCGCUAAGGCUCGGUUUUCGAUCAUCGAUGCCAAAGGAGAACAGGCUGUCCGAAAGCACACCGAGACCCUCAUCUUUGCGAGCAAGGACGACGGCUGGGGAUUCGGAAAACUGAUUAGCAGGCGAGCACUGAAGCAGAAUAGUAGCACACUCUUGCCCAGUGACACGCUGACCUUGAAGUGCGAAGUGGUCGCCUUGGAGAGUAGCACCACGGCUGAGCCCAGAAUGAGCAGCGAAACGACGUCCCCAGCUCUACAGAAAUGCCGGCUCCCCGACGACUUCACGUGGCUCCUGGAAAGCGGCAGCAACACCGACGUUAGGCUUACUGUGGGAAGCGAGACGUUCCGGGCUCACAAGAGCAUCCUGGCUGCCCGGUCACCGGUGUUUAGGGAGAUGUUUGAGCAUACGACGAUGGAGGAUGAAGGGGUAGUCAUCGCGGACGUCGAGCCUGACGUGUUUGGCGUUCUCCUGCAGUCCGUCUACACUGGGUGCGUGCAGGAAUCCAUCGAGAAGCCGGACUGUCUUCUCAGGGCCGCAGACAAGUACAAACUAGACGGGCUGAAGGCGGCGUGUGAGCUUGCUCUAAUUUCUAGUUUGAGCGUCGAGACGGCCGCUGACACUCUCAUCUUGUCCCACCAGCACGACGCCCACGCGCUGCGAUGUCAGGCCCUAGACUUCGUGUGCUCGCACAUGGACGACGUAGUCGAGACUCCAGGCUGGGCGACCAUCUGCAAGAGCCACAUUGAGCUGCUGGAGCAGCUUUUGAUGACACUCAUCAACGAGCGUGGUGAGCCACCGUUGAAAAUUAGCAGGAGCUCGUAA